UUUCUCUUUCAUUCUUUUUCGUUUGAACAAGCUGUGUGGACGCAUUUUUAUCGUUUUAUCGUUUGUCACGACAAACGAGUUGGCAGUGCGCGCAGUUUAUUCGGUUAAGUAGGACCCAAAGUGAAUUCAAUCAUUAAAUUUUAAAGUUUUUCAUAAAUAUAAAUUGGUUUUAUAAAAUUAACAACGUAGACAUUAUAGAAAGUGUGACGCCACGCCUCACUAUACAACGGCCCAUCAAUUUUCAGUUCAGUUGUGUUUUUAUCUAGCAAACGUUACCGAGCCCAAAAUCAAAAUGUUUCAGCCAUAGGAAUAGACGCCCGUUCGAAUAUUUAUGUGUAUAAUCGAAUGUGAAACAUUUGCCGGGCAUUCUUAGGGACCUGACAAAAAAAAAAACAUAAAGCAAAAGAAAAAAAAAAAAAAAAGAGGUACUCUGCAUUGGAGAAGAGCGUCUGCUGAAGCAAGCAAAAAAAACUUGAACAAACGUUAAGACGAGUCUGGAGAAUGGUUAAAAAGGAAGUCGGUUUAGAAAACAACGCGUCCUUAGUAUUAAGUCAGCAAUCUGAGCAGCAGCCGGAGAAGCAGCAGCAGCAGAAGCAUCAUAAACAUCAACAUCAAGAUCAUCAUCAAGCUGAACAAACGCAACGCAUUGAUAUCGACUUGACACCGGAGGAGCCGAAAACUGAUUUCAAUUUUGCUCGCCAGGCAACUGUCACCUAUGCACCAUUAAACCCAGCCAACAGUCCAAACUAUGAGAGUUUGCACAAGCUGCAGCUGCAACAUGCGCAUCUUGCCCCAACAACGCCCUACAAUCUCGACACUAUAUCGCCACAGAAUACGAUGGCAAUGGCCGUGUCGAGCGUGCCGCUCUCCAUCAUGCCCAAUGAGAUUCCUGCUGAGGACGAGGAGCGCCUCGAGCGGAUCUUCAAUCAAUUGGACCGCGACGGCGAUGGCAAAAUCGACAUACACGACCUGUCGGCGGCACUGCACGAGUUUGGACUGUCCAGUGUCUACGCGGUGAAAUUCCUACAGCAAUCGGACAAGAACCAAAGCGGGAAUGUGGGCUUUGCUGAGUUUCUUCAUUAUGUGCGAGAGCACGAGAAGAAUUUGUGUCUGCAGUUCUCGCACUUGGACAAAAAUCGGGAUGGGAAAGUGGACUUGGAAGAGCUAAUAUCUGCGUUCAAGGAUCUGGGCCUAGACAUUGACAUUGACGAGGCUGCAAAACUGCUUGGAAGAAUGGACAAGGAUGGCAGCCUAAACAUAAGCUUUAAUGAGUGGCGGGACUUUAUGCUACUGGCGCCUUCAACGGACAUUCAUGAUCUGAUCAAAUUUUGGCGGCACUCUACUGCGGGCGUGCAUGGAUCUCUGAUGUCGGUGAUGUUGCUAUUGGGGAAAUAUAUCAAGUUCUCGGAAUCGGAAUUGUACCUCGACAUUGGCGAGGAUAUGAACGUACCUGACGACUUUACGCAAAAGGAAAUGCAAACAGGUCUCUGGUGGCGACACCUUGUUGCCGGUGGCUUCGCUGGCGCAGUGUCACGCACAUGCACAGCUCCUUUGGACAGAGUCAAAGUGUUUCUACAGGUGCAAUCAUGUAAAAUUGGAAUCUCAGAGGGUAUGAAAAUGUUGCUUAAUGAAGGUGGUGCGCGCAGCAUGUGGCGAGGCAAUGGCAUAAACGCUCUCAAAAUCGCGCCCGAAACUGCGCUUAAAUUUGCUGCAUACGAGCAAAUGAAGCGUCUAAUACGUGGCAAUGACUCGACACGACAGUUGACCAUUGUUGAACGCUUCUAUGCGGGUGCUGCGGCUGGAGGUAUUUCGCAGACUAUUAUAUAUCCAAUGGAAGUAUUAAAGACACGUCUAGCGCUACGCAAAACUGGCCAGUACGCGGGCAUAGCCGAUGCGGCGACCAAGAUCUACAAGAACGAAGGCGGUCGCAGCUUCUACCGUGGAUAUGUACCCAACAUUCUUGGCAUACUUCCUUAUGCAGGCAUUGAUUUGGCCGUCUAUGAAACGCUCAAGCGGCGCUACAUAGCCAGCCAUGACAACAACGAGCAGCCCAGCUUCCUGGUGCUGUUAGCAUGUGGCAGCACAUCGAGCGCGCUUGGUCAACUAUGCUCCUACCCACUGGCCUUGGUGCGAACGCGGCUACAGGCACAAGCCGCCGUAACGGUAGCGACCCAAAUGCGCAAAACACAAAUUCCAUUAAAAAGCUGCGAUGCGGGGAGCAACGAAGAGACAAUGUCCGGACUUUUCCGCAAGAUUGUGCGGCAAGAGGGAAUUUCGGGACUGUAUCGUGGCAUAACGCCAAACUUCCUGAAGGUGCUGCCCGCCGUUUCCAUUAGUUAUGUUGUCUAUGAAUAUACAAGUCGAGCACUGGGCAUCAAGAUGUCGUGAUUUGUUUACCCCCUCACACUCUCUCGUCCUCGUGGCCGUCUGCAGUGCGGAUGGCGGUAUUAUGUGCGAAGUGCAAGUGAAAAUGUGUGAGCACUUGAGUGCUGUGCUCUACUUAUUAUAGUAGUAGUAGGUGGAAAGAUUCGCUCUCUGAUUCAAUGCCAGACUUCUCUAUAAGUUAAAUGAUUAGAUGCUUUCAUUAAGUGUAGAAAACCGCCUCUUCCAUGCUCUUGGUAUAUAUUUCUGAUAAUUUAUAGUUAAAUUAGUUUUGGUUACUUUCUAAAAAUACAAAAUAAGUGAUACUAUGGCUAAUUUAUUUAUAAAUAUGGAAUAUGUGAAAAUUAAGAUUGUGGAACAGGGCACGAAGCAAACCCCCCAGAAGUUUCUUAAUUUAUCAACAGUAGGCUUAGGCCAUUGUAACUUUAAGUGCUAAUUUAUUUAAAAGUGAAGAAACAGGUAGACGGCGUCAGAGAGCAGUUUCGGAUAAGUCAUGCGAUUGCAACGCUUCAUUUCAAAAAUACCAAAAAGUAAAGAAAACUAAUCAAGCAAUUGCAGCUGUGAGAGAUGCCGACGAAACAGACCGAAGCGCAACAAAUGGUUUGAGUGGGCUUUUCAUCUCCGUUAACUCUGUAAUCUGUACCGUGUCUAGACAACUAUAAUAGGCUACAAGGUUUUUACCGAGUCCAAGUGCUUAAGCUGGGGCAGGCGUAACAAAUAAAUGCAUAACAAUAAAAAAAAGUAAACAAAAUGUGGGGAGAAUCAAACGAAUGAAUACUUAGGAGCGUUUUAAGCUUGUACACAAAAGACAUUUGUUUAGCAUAAAAAUACAGAAAUAAAACUUAACACUUAACGUUUGAAAUGUGAUGAUAAUAGUUUAUAAUAUACAUGCAUAUAUAUACCUACACAUACACACAUACAUAUAAUUCAAGUACCGACCUAUGCGCUUCUGAAAAACAGUCGCAGAUUUUUGUUCGACGGCGAGGCUGAAGUUUUGUAGCAUUUUAUUUGUUAAGUUUAGUGACAUUUUUUCUUAGAUUGUAUUUGUGAGGCGCAAGUGAAGCCAACGAGAUAAAUUGUGACUAAAAUUAACAAACAAAAUCAUAUUUAUUUUAUAUACAUAUGUAAAUGUGUAUCACAAAGAGUGGAAAAACAGUUUAUCUAUGCAAAAUGUAAAAAGCAAA